AUGGACUUCUGGAGUCUCUUUACUGCAUUAAUGCCAAUCCUAAAGGUGGCUCAGGUGGCUCAUUUAGUAGCUCAUGCCAAUAAAUGUGCAAGGGCUUAUCUUGGGAUGCUGUGCAGCAGGAAAUAUGGCAACAUGUCUCUUAUCAUUAUGCCUGCUAUAUGUAAUGAAGCAAGCAGUCCAUUUGGAGAUAAGGAUGUCUGUAACGGAAAUGGAUUGGCAAAUGCUUCUCUGACCCUGGCAGUAAGUCCACAGAACAUCUCGCAAACAAAUGACAGCGCCAUUGGACCUGAAACUGAAAGUGCAAUGCCAGAGGGCGAUGAUGAAAGUAACGAAACAGGAAAAGAUAAUGAAGCUUUUCAAAACAUUAGUAGAAAAGAUCAAUCUGAAGGCCCUGUUAGCACCAGCAACAAUUGGAUUGGUAUGGCAGUAGUUCCUUUGAGACACUUAAGACUUUACAAUAGGGAAAGGAGAGAAAAGGAGGCAGCAAGGAAGAUUUUUGGCUUGAUACUUGGUGUAGUCCCUCAAUUUCAUAAGGCUUUAGUCGGUGAUACUGCUUCUCUUCAUGUGGUUGAAAACUCCAUAUCCAUGCUGGGCUAA